AAAUCCCCCACGGCGCAUCGCCAGUUCGCCGCCACCACCACGCCUCCGGCCACCGCACACUAGGGUGGCUUGAGCCCCAGGCGCCGCCGCCAUGGACGAGGAAGCGAAGCCCAGGUCUAACGCCGACGGUAACACCGACGCCGCGUCUUCUGCAGCGGAGGCAGCAGCGUCUACGGCGGCGCCCUCGAGCUCGGAGUCGGCGGAGGGGAAGGCGAAGGCGAAGGAGGAGGAGGAGGAGGAGGAGGCGGGUGAUUUGGUGGGGCAGCUGGUGGAGUUGGUGGAAGAGAUCGCCGCCAUCUCGGACUUCAGGAAUGCGUACCGCCGGCAGUUCUGCAACCUGUCGCGGCGGAUCCGGCUGCUCGCGCCCAUGCUGGAGGAGGCUAAGGAGGGGCCUCGGCCGCUGCCGGAGGUGUCGUAUUCCGCUCUCCGGCGGCUCAGAGAGGCUCUCGGAGACUCCAGGGAGCUCCUCCGGCUAGGUAGCAGCGGCAGCAAGAUCUUCCUGGUUCUUGAGAGAGAGAAAGUAAUGAAAUCUUUCCAGGAUAUUACUGCAAGGCUUGAACAAGCCUUAGGUUCUAUCUCAUUUGAUGAACUUGAAAUAUCAGAUGAAGUAAGAGAACAGUUUUUCAACUUUGGUUUUGCACAGGUUGAGUUGGUCCAUGCUCAGUUCAAGAGAGCUAAAGAACGAUCUGAUCCAUCUGAUGAUGAUCUCUUUAAUGAUUUGGUGUCCAUCUACAACUCAAGCACCACUGCUAAUGUUGACCCAGAUACUCUUCAGAGGUUAUCUGAGAAGUUGCAGCUUGUCACAAUAUCAGACCUCAAUCAAGAAUCGUUGAUCUUGCAUGAGAUGGCUGCUGGUGGUGAUCCUGGUGGGGUUGUUGAGAAGAUGUCAAUGCUGCUAAAAAGAAUCAAGGAUUUUGUGCAGAGUCGAGAUCCUGAAACGGGCAACUCAACAAGUACGACAGAACUUUCUGGAAAAGACAACAUAGCAUCUCCGAUUGUUCCGGAUGAUUUCCGUUGCCCCAUAUCACUGGAUUUAAUGAAAGAUCCAGUUAUUGUUGCCACUGGACAGACUUAUGAGCGAGGAUACAUAGAGAGAUGGCUGGAGGCUGGACAUGACACCUGUCCAAAGACACAGUUGAAGCUUCCCAAUAAAUCUCUAACGCCAAAUUAUGUCCUACGUAGCCUUAUAGCUCAAUGGUGUGAAGCAAAUGGCAUGGAGCCACCGAAACGUGCUGCUCAGCAUAAUAAUGCACCAGCAUCAUGUACCGCUGCUGAACAUAGCAAAGUCGUUGAGCUUCUUCAGAAAUUAUCAUCCCAAAAUCUAGAAGACCAGCGUGAAGCUGCAGGUAUGCUCCGUCAGCUUGCCAAACGCAGUCCUGAAAAUCGUGCUUGUAUAGGAGAUGCUGGUGCUAUUCCUAUUCUUGUGAGUCUGCUAUCGACAACUGAUGUUAGCACUCAAGAGCAUGUAGUUACUGCUCUCUUGAAUCUUUCGAUUUAUGAAGAGAACAAGGCAAGAAUAAUCACCUCUGGAGCUGUUCCUGGAGUAGUGCAUGUGUUGAAGAGGGGCAGCAUGGAGGCUCGAGAGAAUUCAGCUGCCACAUUGUUCAGUCUUUCACUUGUAGAUGAGAACAAAAUAACAAUUGGGGCUUCUGGGGCAAUUCCUGCUCUUGUGCUUCUUUUGAGUAAUGGAAGUCAAAGAGGUAAAAGGGAUGCAGCUACAGCCCUAUUUAACCUGUGUAUCUAUCAGGGCAACAAGGGCAAAGCUGUUAGAGCUGGAUUGGUUCCUAUACUCUUAGGACUAGUCACUGAGACUGAAAGUGGAAUGAUGGAUGAGGCUCUUGCUAUAUUGGCAAUUCUCUCGAGCCAUCCUGAGGGCAAGACCGCUAUUAGUUCUGCCAAUGCCAUUUCAAUGCUAGUCGGAGUAAUCAGAAAUGGAUCUGCAAGGAACAAGGAAAAUGCUGCUGCUGUUCUGGUGCAUCUUUGCAAUGGCGAGCAGCAGCAACAGCAUCUUGCUGAAGCACAGGAGCAGGGGAUCGUGACCCUGUUGGAGGAGCUAGCCGAAAGUGGCACGGACAGAGGAAAGAGGAAAGCAAUCCAGCUUCUCGAGCGGAUGAAUCGGUUUCUUAUGCAGCAAAGUCAAGCCCAAGCCCAAGCAGAGGCCAUGGCACAAGCUCAUGCGUAUGCGCAAUCUCAGGCUCAGGCUCUAAACGAAGCUCAAUCUCAGGCAGAUAUGCAGGUGGAGCAAUUGUUGCUUCCUACUUCAUCACAUCUUUCUGAUAGACGAGAUGACUGAUCAGCAGGAUGUAUUUCAUAGUUAGUGGUUUUUUAAUUCGUAGUUAGCGGCUUGUUUUUUUGGCUGAGGCUAGCAGUUGGAAGAUCGCCUGCAAUGCCUAGCGUGGAGGUGUGUAGUUUUUUGAUGUGCAAUCUGAAUCAGGAAGUGCCAGUAGCGUGAUUAUAGGGCCAUGAGCUUCUUGACAAUUGAGUUUUUAGGUCGUGGAAUUGUUAACCUGUGUGUCAGUGUGUGUGCCGUUCGUACAAUGUACCCAGCGAUGAAUGUUGGGACCCUCCAGUUUUAGGGAGGAGCCGUUCUACUUGUACCGGGUGCCUAUUACAGGACCAAUCUGUGGCUUCCAAAGUUGAUAAUUUUACUUGCCUGACAGAGAAUUGCAGUAAAGCGUG